ACAGCUGUUUGUUUUGAUGCAGUUUGUCAUAACGCCGUGCAGAUUAUUAUUACCCUUUAGAUUUUAAUGAUUACAAUCAGUGUAAAAGCUAUUAGUUUUAGUUUAAAACUUAAGAUAAAAUUAUCUAGUAAUUAUGUUCGCCAAACCAUACAAGUUAAAAUCUAACAAAACUUUGAAAAAUACAGAAAAGAAAUGUCUGAGCCAACGGAUACAGAGCGAGUUUCCAGUGGCCACGGACGAGAAAGUGAAGGAGUUGGUGCCCACGAAGUCGGCCACUAGUUGCAUGAAAGUGGUGCUUCACUCCGGAGACACAGUGAGCGUUUACGUGGUCGACGGAGUGCCCAUGAUGGUCGAAGUGUGCGACAGGCUCGUGCCCACCGUGUGCGCGCUGUGGCGAGUGCCCGAUCUAGUGCCCACUAUUAUGAUACACACUUUGGUCCUGAGCAAGAUACAAGGUGGAGCACCUCUAUAUGCACCUGGAGUGGUGACAGAGGGAAGCUUCCCCCAGUUCCGACGCGGCGCAGUGGUGGCUGCAUGUACAAGUGAUAAUGCUGCGGCAGGAGUCAUCGGCCGCGCCAUGAUGUCUUCUGCUGAUCUUGUCAGGGCUCCUAUGGGAGUGUGCCUAGAGACCCUGCAUGUGUAUGGUGACCAACUGUGUAAAGAGGAGAAGUUCUCCAAGAUUGACCGACCCAAGCUAGCUCCUGCGUCAUACAGUGACUUGGCUGAUACCUUGGCGGUGGACCUUAAUCAGCUCAACAUCCAACCAAUCAAAGAAGAGUGGCCGAGCCUGGUGAAGGAGCCCCCUGCGCCUGCAGCCAACGAGCCCGCCGUCAUCGCUGACGAGUCUCUGGGGGCAGACGCACCCAACCCCACAGCAGAGACACUCAUUGAUGAGGAUAUUGUGGAACAGUUAAAUGAAUCUGGUGCCACAGAUUGUUCGGAGUCAGAGGAGCAGGUGCCGAGUGACAUGGACGGGCUGCUUCGGUGGUGCCUGCUGUCCUUCCUCAAGACGCAGGGCAAGCAAAUCGAGCUGCCGCUUAAAACUAAUUUAUUGUACAAAAACCACCUGAUGCCCUUCUGUCCAGACGACAGGACUCUAGAAGUGAAGAAGUCUAGUUAUAAGAAGAUGGGGAAGUUCCUAGAAGCCAUGCAGAGGGAAGGCCUGCUCGAGGUGCGCGAGCUGGACAAGGGCGUGGACGCGCUCGUGGCCGUGAACGCGGCGCACCCGCUGCUGCGCGCGCACCGGCCCGUGGCCCGUGCGCGCGCCGAGCACGCGGACGAGCGCGAGUACGUGCCCCCGCAGGUGCGCGAGCUGUACUGCGUCACCGCCGCCGUGCUCCCGCUGCUGGCGCCCAACAAGAAGGGCACGGCGCUGUCGGCUGCGGACGUGCGGCAAGCACUAGUCGCGCACGUGUCGGCGCGCGGGCUGGCGGCGCGCGGUGCGGUCACGCUCGACGCGCUGCUGGCCGGCGCCGUGGGCAGGCAGCCGCAGGAGACGAUGAGGUGGGAGGAGCUGACGGCGUACGUGCUGGCGCGCAUGACGCCCAGCACCGAGAUGCGCUUCAGCGACGGCAGCGUGCGGCUCAGCAAGAGCCGGCUCGAGCCCGUCACCAUGCAGGUGGUCACGCGCAGCGGGAACAAGAAGGUGACGCUGGUGUCGAACUUGGAGGCGUUCGGGUUCAGCCUGCGGCCGCUGGCGCACGCGUGCCAGCUGCUGGCGGGCGCGGCGUGCGGCGUCACGCGCAGCGCGGCGGCGCGCGCCGACCAGCUCAUGCUGCAGGGGGACCAGACACAUCUUGUGGCCAAACUGCUCAUAGAAAAGUAUGGAUUGCCCAAGAAGUUUGUAGACGGAGCUGACAAGGCUCUCAACAAGAAGAAAUGAAUGUUUAAAACAACUGCCAACCAUAAAAUAUACCUUGUGUUAUGUUGAAAUAAAACUGCUGUUUACCUUAACCAUU